AUGGCGACUUCUGUCUCAAUGACUGCUCCCGAAGUUGUGCCUUACGAUUUCGGCCGACACCUCACCCGCCACGACUUCCCCAAGGGCUUCCUUUUCGGUGGGGCCACCUCUGCUUAUCAGGUCGAAGGAGCUUAUAAUGUGGGAGGCAGGGGAAUGGCUAACUGGGAUGCUUGGAGUCUUAUGAAGCCCGGUAAAGUGUCGGAUGGCGGCAACGGAUGUCGUGCUAUUGAUCACUAUCAUAACCUCAAGGAAGAUGUGAAACUGAUGAAAGACAUGGGGAUAGAGACAUACAGGUUUUCGAUUUCAUGGACCAGAAUUUUGCCCGGUGGACAAUUGAGCACCGGUGUAAACAAGGAAGGCGUCAAGUUCUACAAUGACAUGAUUGACUUAUUAAUUGAAGCAGGAAUCGAGCCGGUUGCUACUAUCUUUCACUUUGAUACUCCUCGAAGCUUGCAGGAUGAGUACAAAGGCUUCUUGGACCGCAGGAUAGUGCAUGACUUUGGCAACUAUGCGGAAGUGUGCUUUCGUGAAUUUGGUGACCGGGUCAAAUUCUGGGUGACGGUAAACGAGCCGAGCACAUACACUGUCCUUGGAUACGUGGACGGCGUGUUCCCCCCGGGCCACGGCUCCCCACCAGGCGAACUUGGACUAAGAUUUGUCAACUACAGAAACGUGCGUGGUAUCGACCGAACUCUCUAUGGUGGAAAUGCCGCCACCGAGCCAUACAUUGUGGCCCAUCAUUUGAUCCUCUGUCACGCUAAGGCCGUCGAUAUUUAUCGCAAAAAGUUUCAGGCUGUCCAAGGAGGCAAGAUAGGCAUUGUAGUUGUCCCUAACAGUUGGUACGUUCCAUACUCUGACAAAAAGGAAGAUAAAGACGCUGCUGUAAGAGCUGUCGAAUUUUUGCUCGGAUGGUUUGUGCAGCCAUUAGUGAGCGGCGAGUAUCCGGACAGCAUGCAAACGCGCGUGAAAGAGCGGCUGCCCAAGUUUACCGAAAAGGAGAGGAAGAAAGUAACCGGGUCAUAUGACUAUAUUGGGCUCAAUUAUUACACCACAAUAUAUGCUGCUUACAAGAAAAAGCAGCCUCAUGACCCAACAAACUACUAUACAGACCAGGAAGUCGAGUUUCACAGUAAGCGUUCGAACGAAAAAAAUUUCCAUUUUUCACUUGCAGGUUCAGAGUGGUUGUACAUUGUGCCUCGUGGAAUAUACGAACUUCUGACUUACGCAAAGAGACAAUAUAACGAUCCUGUCAUUUACAUCACCGAGAAUGGGAAAAAAGAUAAAGUACUGCCAAUUUCCCUCCUUCUGAAGGACGACUACAGAAUUAAGUAUCAUCAGCAACAUCUUGCGUACGUGAAGCGUGCUAUAGAUAAAGAUAAGGUGAAUGUGAAGGGAUAUGCUGUGUGGUCCAUAUUCGACAACUACGAAUGGGCCGCGGGCUACACAGUACGAUUCGGCAUGUACUUUGUGGACUACCUAAACGGGCUGACUAGGUACCCCAAGAAGUCGGUGUUUUGGUACAUGAAUUUCCUCAACAAAAAGAAGCUUCCGGGUCCUCGCGAUAGGGAGAUAAUGGAAAUCGAGGGAGUCGAGGAAGAGGAGAAGGCGGGAAAAAGGAAACGUAACGUUUAG